UUGCAAGCCCUAAAUCUGGUGAGAAUGCCAUGCUAGAGCUCAAGAAGAGGGAGGAGAUUUGUGGGAGAGAUCGUGAGGGUCGCAAGUCGAGUUGGCUAUGGUGGGGGAACCCAAUGACUUUCCAAAUCCAGCAGCCGCUUUACUGCAGCUAUUCGGUGUCAAUGCAGAUUCGAUGAAGAACUAAGCUUGUCGAAGGAAUUUAAUCCUAAACCUAUUUUUUACCAACUGCAAUCUCGUUGCCAUCAAAACUUAAGACGUGAAGUUUCACUCAGCCGCGGCAUUGGAGGGAUGUGAAAAUUAGUACUGAAACUUUCCGCAUGUUUCAAAUUGAACGUGAUGGACUCUACCGGAGAUGCGCAGUGGUUGAUGCGCUGUUUGAACCAACCUUUAUCUAAUCCUCAUCGGCGGCACUACUGAAGAAAUCCUCUUCGUUGCCUCGCACGCAUGCAGUAUCAAUGAAGGGUGAUGUUUACCUCCAGGGGCACUGGCAUGACCUCAAUUAGAAAUAUGGGAAUUGGAACAAGAAAGCUGGGGAGCAGUGGGCGUCUUUUAGGUCCACAGCUCCUGCCAUCUCCCUCGCAUGUCUCCGAUCUCGUAACAGCUUGUGUUCGAUUCGCUCACUAUGGAUAUGCUAAAGAAUGUUCCCCGGCCGCACCGCCGGAACUGCCACUACAAAGUGCAUCUGCAUUGCCACCAUUUGCUUGGCUGCUCUCUUUUACCCCAUUACUGGGAGCUAGUAAAGAUAUCGCUGAUAUUAACAGCCGUGAGCAACAUAAAUGUGUGAAGGGGAAUUCUUUCGCAUCGAGCUACACCGACCAGGAGGUUGAAGUGGUGAAACGGACAGAUAUCCUUGUUGGUGAAAUUGAGGGGGCAGCAGAAACUCCAUGUGAAUGGGCUUCAUUUGUUAGUCCUGGUAGUGAGGGCAUGGGUGCUGAAGCUUCUCCGCCAGGUGCUGAAUCGAGUCCUACAUCUCCUCUGGAGGAGAAUAUCAAUGGGACCUUCAGCAAAGAGUCUAGUGAGAAAAUCCUUUCUCAAAGCCAUGUACUCAGAUUAAAGCUCAGCGGCAUUCUUUCGCUCGUUCCUAGUCACUCAAAACAGUUCAUGGCGGAGAUGCCUGGCACUUCGUCGACCUCACUCACGCAACGACAUUCAAAGGCGGACAGCAAGAUAUGCUCUGUUGCAAAGAAGGAAUAUUUUUCCCGCAUGAUGAAUGGUUUGAAUAUGGGCUCGAAUAUCUCUUCAGUUCCUUGUUGUGGUGCCUCAGGGGGAUACGUUGGCAGAUAUAUUGAUGCCUCCGACAUGGGUGUCCGAGCCGAUUCAUUUUGGUGCGAAGACAAAUUCAAAGACGGAUGGAAUGUAGACCCGUGGCGUUUCGAGCAGCGGAACAUCCUGAUUAGGACUUUGCAUGUUAUGCGGUGCGACUCUGAAUCCCUCAAGAGCUACAUACCGACCUACAUACAUCCAGUAAUGAUGAACAAUUCAUCGUCGACAGUGAAACAAGGUCCUUGCAAACUGGCCGAUGAUGAUCUACACGAUGUUCGGGAAAACCUUCUCAAGGGUGACAAGGGAUUAAUUCAGAUUGUAGAGAAAGAUCACGUUCCCGAACCUGACAAAGAUGUUAGUGUUGUUGAGGCGUCUCAACCGGAGAAUGAACUGAGGGACCAGUCAGCAAGUCUGUGGACUCAUGGUUAUUCAAAAGCGAAGAAACAGUGGUGGAAGGAACUUUUAGCCGCAUUCGGAUUAGCAGUUUGGCUAAUUACUGGAGCAGUGCUUGCUGCAAAGGCUCUAGGUGUUCCAAACCUGUUAGUUAGUCAGAACGUGGCCUACAGCGGCUUUUGGGGGCGUCCUGAAGACGACCAAACAAAAAGCUCGAAUCAAGGAGCGCAGACGGAAAUAUUGGAGCUCAGUUCCAGUAAUUUUGAUGAGGUCAUUAUGAAAAGAUCCACAUUUGUUAUGUUUUACGCACCAUGGUGCCCUCACUGCCAACACUUGCAUCCUGUUUGGAAAGAACUUGCCAGUGUGUUGAGCAGGGAAGGAUGUGAUGUUCGGCUGGCAAUAGUGGACGCUACAAAACAUGCGAGGCUUGCAGACAAAUACGAAGUGCAAGGAUAUCCUUCACUAAUCAUGUUUAAGAGAGGAGUACCAGCUGGUCGACACAGAGGACCACGCGACAUAAGCACCCUUAUGUCCUUUAUCAAUCACAAAAAGUAGGCGCUGAAUGAUUGACUGCAUUUCUGCAGUUGAAUUCCCAGAUGAUGCUGCGAACCACCCAAUUCAACCUUCGACAACCAAAUCUUGUCCCUCUUAUUGAACAUUAGCACCUCACUUUUUGCUCUGAUCAAAUCUUUGCCCUGAAGCAAAUGUAAUGUUCGUCUUCGUCACGAAUUCAUAAGCAUAAAGGUUACUAUUAGUGCUAUGAAAGACUAGACUCUAGAACUUUAUGUUUUGCCACAGUUGUGCGGCACAGGAGGAAAUCGAAUUCAUCUUGACAAAGCUUUGUUACAAGUUGGGCAUGUGCUCUGGACAUUUUAGAAAUCAAUGGUCUAAAUCACAGUGUGUUGGGAUUGUUUGCAUGGUUUUCCUUCUACAGGGCAUGCCAAUUAUUUACAAUCAUGCCCUGUGCAUUAACUUGUUCGUUGUUGCAGUUA